UCGCCCGUAACAACAAAAGUCAGUUUCUGCGACCUGCGAGUGACAAAGCUUGACAGAUAGGAAGUAUGAUGCUGAGGGCAAUAUGAAACAGCAGGUGUUUUUGUGUCUUCUGUUGAUAUAUACAGCAUAUGGCAGCAUAUUCGGAAGUAAAGAUGAUUCUAAUUUGGUAUUGAAGAGUACAGGGCCAGUGGUCCUGGACAUGCCAAUAUGGUUCACAGCUGAAUACCAGGGCUAUGAGGAUGGUGAUGAAUUAGUGUGGGAAUGGACAGACAGUCUUUACUGGAGUACAACACAUUAUGUCGAUGCAAAAACAGACUACUGGAAUAUUACCUGUGAUCAUGGGAGGUAUUCACCAUAUACAGGGGAGCGUACAGUUGAAGUAAAGGUUAAGGAGAAGGUGGCUCCAUUUAUCUGGAUUGCCAAAGCCACAGCUAGAGUCAGUUUCAAUCUCACUGGUAAGUUCAAAUAUUGAUCAAGUACAGGAGUU